UAUGUAUAUAUAUAGUUUUCGUCCCUGUUCCUGGCAAGAGCUCCUAAAAUCCUUGGGAUUUUCUAAGUGUGAGAGUGGUUAAGGUGUCUUUUGUUAUAUUAAUGAGGCCACUUUUGCUAAGCAUCUGUGGGUGGGGGCUGGUUGCCAGGGGAACCAACUUUGUGAUUGGAGGGUUGAAACUCUUAGGCCACCCCCUAACCUUUGGGGAGGGACCGGAGCUGUAGGUGGAAUCGGUCACCACUGGCCAAUGAGUUAAUCAUGCCUAUGUAAUAAAACCUCCAUAAAACCUCCAUAAAACCCCAAUGGCCACGGUUCAGGGAGCUGCUGGCCUGGAGAACGUGUGGAGCUGGGAGAGUGGAGAACCAGGAGAAGGGCAAGGAAGGUCCACACCCUUUCCCCAUGCCAUCUGCGUCUCUUCUGACCGUUCCCGAGUGACAGCCUCUUAUAAUAAGCUGGUAACCUAGUAAGUAAAAGGUUUGACUUCUGUGAGCCACUUUCUCAAAUUAAUUGCACCCGAGGAGGAGGUCAUGGGAACCUGAUUUAUAGCCAGUUGGUCAGAAAGAGAAGUCACAACUGGAUUUGGGACUGACUUGAAGCAGUGGAGGGGGGUGGAGGUGCAGUCUUUCUUUCCUUCCUAUAAUAACUGCUAUCUUGUUUUAUAUUACACGUCUUCAUGCUUUUACUAGAUGUGUAUGUAUCUACAAACAAUACAUAAUCUUUUGUGCGAGUUUUAGAAACAUGAGAAUGGUAGUAUAUUGUAUGUAUUAAAAAAAUUACAGGUAGGGUGGCCGGUUAGCUCAGCUGGUUAGAACGUGGUGCUAAUAAAAUUACAGGUAGUGUUUUGUUUUGUUCUUCAUGCUGUGGAAGUAAUGAAUUCCUAACCGACUAAGGGCUCAGGUUUGAAAUAGGUUUUGGAUUUUUAUGGAAUGUUUUUCUCAGCAUCAAUUUUGGUGACCGUAGGACUUUUCUAACCUGCUAAUAUAUUGUAGCAGACACAGUUGGUUACUUGCUAUUGCAGAAAAGAGUUAACACAGCUCUUUUUAGAAAGGCCUUCUUGCAAGGUUGCUUACAAGUCCCUUGCCUGGCAUCUGGGAACUUAGCUUUGGGGAGGGUUCCCAUCACUCCCUAUUGAAUGGCUCACUGUGCUUAAACCGUUCUUUCAAGCAGUAUGGUUUAUUCUCAACACCUGCUCUCCUCUGGGAAUCUGGGAUUUUGGCAUGUGCUAGGCAGUGGGUGCCUACAUGAACAGCCCCCAGUAAGAGCCGUGGGCACCAUGUCUCUAGUAAGCUAACACAUUGUGUGUUAUCACAGCUUGUUGCUGGGGGAGGUAAAGGCUUCCUGUGUGACUUCACAGAGACAGGACUCUUGAGAGCUUGCACCUGAUUUCCUCCAGAUUUUGCCAUUUGGACUUUUUCUCUUUGCUGAUUUUGCUUUGUAUGCUUUCGUGGUAAUAAUUUGCUAAGGUCUGUCAGUCCUAGUUAAUCACUGACCCUGGGGGGUGGUCUUGGGUAUUUCCAGCACAUCUGCCCAACAUCCAUUCACUUCCUUCCCUUUUUCUAACAGAUUCUCCAGGUGUUCCUUGGCUUGUGGCAGCUUGUCUCUACUCUGCCUCCAUGUUCACGUGGUCUCAUCUUCCCUGGAUGUAGGGUCCAUCUGGAUACUCCUGGAUUCUCUUAAGAUCCUUAAUUACAUCGGCAAAGACUCUUUUUCCACAUGAAGUCUCAUUCACAGGUCCUGGAUUCUCAGGAAUAGGAGAGAUCCAGUAAAGGACAAGUAGGGGUUCUUGGAGUUGCAUACGGCCAUUCGUGGGACAUCCUUGUCCUAAGACCAAGAUUUCUGAACAGAAAAUUAGGGCAGAUCCAGAAGAACUAACAUCCCUGUUACUGGGCAUUUUCUGAAACAGAAGAAAAUGAUGAAGGCCCAAGUGACUUUUGGUUUGUUGUAUUCAAAAGUUGAGUCUUUCAUGGAUUUGGGGAGGCCUGAAAAAAUCAGUUCGACUAAAUAAAAAGUGUAAAUGGGGAAAAAUGGGCUCUGGGGAGAAAUAGAUGUCCCUUCAAAAUUAGGGCAGAGUGGGAUCAGGAACAUGUUGUUCCUAGAGUUCGUGCAUGACUAGUGCUGGACUGUGGUGUAUGGAUCUGCAGGAUCCUGCUGGUACAACCAUCAGUGUGUACCUACUUACUAUCUCUGACAGUCACUGCAGCCAGAAAAUCACGGAAUCGCUGACACUGGAGGAUGUGGCCGUGGACUUCACGUGGGAGGAGUGGCAGCUCCUGGCCCCCGCCCAGAAGGACCUGUACUGGAAUGUGAUGCUGGAGAACUACAGGAACCUGGUGUCACUGGGGUAUCAAGCUCGCCAACCAGAUUCACUCUCUGAAUUGGAACAAGAAGAACCACCAUGGGUUUUCAAAGAUGAAGUCCAAAGUCAAACCCACCCAGAAAUUGAGAGAGUUGACGAUCAUCUGCCUCAGCACUUAGAAAAUCUCAAAAUGCCGAAGAGGAUGGAACAGUGUUAUGAACUGAACACAUGUGGAAAGACUGUUCAUCAGAGCAAAAGUCAUUUUCCUUUCAGGCCAAAUCAUGAUAGGUUUCAUUUACGUGGAAAAACUUUGAAGCCACACUUAAUCAACCCAAGUAGAAGCUGUGACAUAAAAGAGCCUGCUGAGUCUGGUGGAGACGGGAGAUCCUUUCUCAGUGCUAAUCACAAGCAAACUCACACUGAAAUUCAAUUCCAUGAAAGUAGAAGGCCCACCAGCACUAAGUCACAAUUCCUUAAACAUCAGCAAAUACACAAAAUAGAGACGGCCCACGAAUGUCCUGAAUGUGGGAAAGCCUUCCUCAAGAAGUCUCGGCUCACAGAACAUAAGAGAAUUCAUACAGGAAAAAAACCCCAUGGGUGUAGUGUAUGUGGGAGAACCUUCUCCAAGAAGUUCAAGCUCACUGAACAUCAGCGAAUUCACAAAGGAGAGAAACCCUAUGAGUGCUGUGAGUGUGGGAAAGCCUUCCUCAGGAAAUUUCAGCUUACUGAACAUCAGAAGACUCAUACAGGAAAUAAACCCCAUGGCUGCGGUAUAUGUGGGAAAGCAUUCUCCAGAAAGUUCAAGCUGACUGAACACCAGAGAACUCACACAGGAGAGAAACCUUAUGGAUGUACUGAAUGUGGCAAAGCCUUCUGCAGGAAGGCAGAACUGAUUAUACAUCAGAGAAAUGAAAGAGGAGAAAGGCCCCAUCAGUGCAGUGAAUGUGGAAAAGGUUUUGCCAGAAAAUCACAACUCAUUCUACAUCAGAAAACUCAUACAGGAGAGAAAUCUUAUAUAUGCAGUGAAUGUGGAAAAGGUUUCAUUCAGAAGGGCAAUCUCCUUAUACAUCAACGAACUCAUACUGGAGAGAAACCCUAUGGAUGCAUUGAAUGUGGUAAGGCCUUCAGCCAGAAGGCGUGCCUGAUAGCACAUCAGCGAUUUCAUACAGGAAAGACUCCCUUCGUAUGUACUGAAUGUGGAAAAUCUUGUUCACAGAAAUCAGGACUCAUUAAACAUCAGAGAAUUCACACAGGAGAGAAACCCUAUAAAUGCAGUGACUGUGGGAAAGCCUUCACUACAAAGACAAUGCUCACUGUCCAUCAAAGAACUCAUACAGGAGAGAGACCCUAUGGAUGCAAUGAAUGUGGGAAAGCUUUCUCCCACAUGUCAUGCCUUGUUAAACAUAAGAGGAUACACACAAGAGAGAAACAUGUAGAUUCAGUGAAGGUUGAAUAUUCUUCCACAGAGGGUCACAGCUUAUUAGAUACUAGUGAAUUCAUGCAGGGGGAAAGCCCUGUUAAUACAGUGACUGCACAGAUGCCUUCCGCUAUCCCUCAGACCUCAUUAAACAUCAGUGGGCUCCUCGCAGAUAGGAAUGCAGUCCUAGUGGGACAGCCAGCUGCCAGAUGUGCACCCUCAGGAAAUAACGGAGAAUUUGUACAGGAGAGAAACCUUAUGAAUGCAGCGAAUGUGGUUGUGCCUUCAGUGGUCAAUUACAUCUUAUUUUAUGUCACGAAAAACACAUAGAAAAAAACUGGUACAUUCAAUUAGGAAAAGCCUUGAGCAAUAAUGUCUUGUUGAUAAUAUGGUUAUACACAAACAAAACCCAUGAGUGCAGAGGCUAGUUUUAGAAGACCGACUCUGUCUGUCAUCAGUGAUCAACAUAGCUCAUCAGGGAGCUUAUAGUGAGUAGAGACAUGGCAAUAGUGGGAAAGUCCCUACCCUUAAUAUGUGUCAGUUCAUACUGAGGAGAAACAGGAGGCAAUGAACGUGGGGCACCUAGGUGGCUCAGGUCAUGAUCUCACGGUUCGUGAGCUCAAGCCCCAUGUCGGGCUCUGCGCUGACAGCUCAGAGCCUGGAGCCUGCUUCAGAUUCUGUGUCUCCUUCUCUGUCUGCCCCUCCCCCACUCAGCUCUGUCUCUCUCUCAAAAAUAAACAUUAAAAAAAAAAAAAGGCAGUGAACAUGGCUGGGAUUUCAGUGGUACAUUCUGCCUCAUGCAUUAGGUAAAAUCACAGAGAAAUAAAACUGUUAAUCCACUAAUUGUGGAAUUCCUUUAACGAAAUACUAAAGUUCUUGUGAAAGGUUUGUGAAGAUGAGGAACAUUUGAGAGCUUUAUGUACCUUUUCUAAUUUGACCUAUGUCAUGUAAUACACCUAAUGUACAUUUUCAGACAGGGUACCUUGAACCACAUUCCUAAUUACCAUGUUAGUGAUUCCAUAAUUUAGAGGAGAUAGUUUCUGCCCUACAUCACUGGCUAACAUUAUCACACUAUAUUCACUUUUCCCGUUUGUGGAUUCUUUUUUUUUUUAAUUUUGUUUUAGAGAGAGAGAGUGUACGCAUGUGAGCUGGGGAUAGGGGCAGAGGGAGAGAGAGACUCAAGCAUGACCCUGGGAUCAUGACCUCCACUGAAAUCAAGAGUUGGAAGCUCAACCAACUGAGCCAGUCAGAAUUAAAACAGGGCCAGGAAGAAAUUAAGUAAAUAAUAAAACAGGGCCAGAAAGGACCAAACUUCCCAAGUAACCUCAGGUGCACCUCUUUCUCUUUUUCUAAAAUUUUCUUCAAUUCUAAAA